GCCAUGGGCGGCUGCAGCAUCCUCGCCGUCCUGCCCCGCCGGCUCCCCGGGCGCACCUGCGGCCGCGCCGCCUCCUCGCUGAGCGCCCUGCGCCCGGCGGAGGCGCUGCCCGGGCCGCCCAGCUGGCCGCUCAUGGGCAGCCUGCCCGACGUGCUCUGGAAAGGGGGGCUCAAGAGGCAGCACGAGACGCUGGCUCAGUACCACCGGAGGUUCGGGAAGAUUUUCCGCAUGAAGCUGGGCGCGUUCGACUCGGUGCACAUCGCGGCUCCGUGCCUGCUGGAGGCUCUGUACCGCCGCGAGAGCGCCUGCCCGCAGCGCCUCGAGAUCAAGCCCUGGAAAGCCUAUCGCGACUAUCGCGACGAGGGAUACGGGCUGCUCAUCCUGGAGGGCAAGGACUGGCAGAGGGUGAGAAGCGCCUUUCAGAAGAAAUUAAUGAAGCCCAAGGAGGUUGUGAAACUGGAUACGGCGAUCAAUGAGGUCCUGGAGGACUUUAUGCACAGAAUAGAUGAAAUUUGUGACCACAAUGGACAGAUGGAAGAUGUCUAUUCAGAAUUCAACAAAUGGUCUUUUGAAAGUAUCUGCCUGGUGCUGUAUGGAAAGAGGUUUGGCCUCCUGCAGCAGGACGUGGAGGAGGAAAGUCUGAACUUCAUCAAGGCUGUAAAAACGAUGAUGGCCACUUUUGGGAUGAUGAUGGUGACCCCCGUGGAGCUGCACAAGGGGCUCAACACCAAAGUCUGGCAAGCUCACACCAAGGCAUGGGAUGAUAUAUUUAAAACAGCCAAGCACUCCAUCGACUGCAGGCUGCAGAAGCACUCAGGGAAGCCCCAGGAGGAUUUUCUGUGUGACAUCUACUCGGGGGGACACCUGUCCAGGAAGGAGCUGUACGCUGCCAUUGCAGAGCUGCAGAUCGCGGGCGUGGAGACGACAGCCAACAGUUUGCUGUGGGCUCUGUACAACCUUUCCCGUAAUCCACACGUCCAGGAGAAGCUUUUCCAGGAAAUCCAGAGAGUUUUGGCUGCCCAGGAGAGCCCAAGUGCUGAGAGCCUGAGGAAUAUGCCUUACCUAAAAGCCUGCCUGAAAGAAUCCAUGAGAUUAACCCCUUCAGUGCCUUUCACCACUCGCACCAUCGACACAGAAAUGGUUCUGGGAAAUUACCUGCUGCCCAAAGGGACGGUGCUGAUGAUCAACAGCCACGCCCUGGGCUGCAGCGAGGAGAAUUUCAGGGGCUGGGCAGAGUUCCGGCCCGAGCGCUGGCUGACCAGGGGCUCCGUCCAUCCCUUCGCCCACGCGCCCUUCGGCCUCGGCAGGAGGAUGUGCGUGGGGCAGCGCCUGGCCGAGCUGCAGCUGCGCCUGGGGCUCUGCUGGCUGCUCCGCAAGUACAGAGUUGUGGCCACGGACAGGGAGCCGGUGGAGACGCUGCACUCGGGGAUCCUCGUCCCCAGCCGGGCGCUGCCCGUCGCCUUCCAGCCACGAGCAGGUUGCAAAAAAUAAAGGACAGCCCUGGUGCUGCCUCCUCUUAAGAGAGAGACAUCAGCUGUGGAAGUCAAGCUCUGGAGGCUGCAGAAGAAGAACUGGAAGAAGAAGGGAAGAACUUUUGCAGAAGAAGAAGGGAAGAACUUCUGCAGAAGGGAAGAACUGAACCCUUGAACAGCUGCUGAGCCAGGAAUAGCACCAGGAAAAGCUCCCAGCCUGAUCUAUUGGGGAAAAUGUGUUUAAAAGGAGAGAAAAACACCAAAAAUGUGGAAAUCCAGGGGUUUAGUGCAGCUGGGGAACUGUGCAGGGCGAGGAGCCCUGGGAGGGUUUUUAACAGCCCAGUUUGGGGAGAGCUGCCCCAGUUUGGGACCAGUCACAGCUGAACUGGCCCUGGCAGCUCAGUCCUGCUCAGUGCCAUGAGGAGGGAGCUGGGAGUCUGGAAAAAAAGCUAAAACAGGGCUGGAAAAAUGGGAAAAUUAAAAAAAUAAAUUUCUUUGGCGUUCUGCACUGCCUGGGUAGGAGGGAAAUAGGGACAAAUGCACCUGACAGGAUUUAGUGUUUGCUUUCAGCAGUUGCAGUCUCUGCUCCUCCCCGUGGAUUUCCAUCCCUCCAGCUCCUGCACAACCCAUUUCAUCCCACCUUAACUGGAAAAAAAAAAAUCUUAGUGGUCUUAACUGGAAAAAAAUCUUAGUGGUCUCUCAGUGCAUGAGAAGGCCUGAUCCAGAAAUGGAACCACUGGAAUCCUAUGGGUUCUGCCUCUGAGGAGGGAUGGUUAUCCUAACAGGAUAUUACAUGAGAUUAAUGACAGGAAAUUGUGCUCCCAACAGCAAUUCCACGGGAAAUCAGGACCCUAAACGUUUCCAAGGGGUUUAUUUCUCGUGGACACUGCAAUAUCCAAAGGUUCCAAUUGUCACUGCCCUGAAUGCAAUAUUGGAUUUUGGCUGUUAUGGUCACUGCUUUUACACUUUUGCAGUUACUUUAUCUGAAUUUUUUUUAUUUUUUUUUUUUACAUGCUGAUAUGAUGCAAGAUUUUAGUAUUUGUUGGUUUGUCUUGUUUUUCAUUUGUUUGUUCUGUUAUGCUCAGAUGUGUAAAUGUACCCCCACAACAAUGUAUAAAACAAUUUGUGCAUUACCUGAAUAUUUCUAGGCUGUUUUGUAAGAAAAUAAAGAGUUCUAUUUUUUUUCCUCU